AUGGCUUCCGCCCGUCGGGCGACCGGACUGCGAGAGGUGGUCGAGGAGGGAGAAGUUAUGGAUUCAGUCCUUAUGGAGGGAAGCGAGAUCAACGACGGCAAGGCCAGCGCCAUAAUAAAGAGAUAUUCCAGUAAAGCUCCAGUAUUAAACAGCGUUGUUGAAGAGACCGAAAACGCAAUUCAUAACGUCGUGAAUGCCAAUGAUACUGCCUCAGAGUUAGCACGACGGCCGGGCUUUGGCACUCGAGGAGCUCGAGUUGCCUUAUAUGCGAAUUACUUUGAAUUGUCCACGCCAGCUGGCUGUGAGGUCUUCCGGUACAAUGUCGAGAUCACCCAGCCCGGGGUCCCCAAGCAGAAGCAAAGGCAGAUAUUCAAUUUACUACUGGAGCAGCACCUGGCCGAGAAGCGGCAUUGUAUUGCCGCCGACUUCAGGUCAGCCAUCAUCAGCUCGGUCGAUCUGCUUGAUGCGAAGCCAGACCCGGAGGAGCUGUACGAUGUCCGCUACAAGGGCGAGGCCCACACUGAAUACUCAGAGAAUGCGCCGAUAUUCCAAGUCAAGAUUAUAUUCGCCAGCAAGGUCAGCGUGUCCUCGUUAGUCGACUACCUCUCCUCGACCAGUAUGUCCGCGCUGUUCCGCGAGAAGUCUGAGGUCCUACAGGCUCUUGGCUUGAUUGUUGGACAUGAAGCACAAGCCAGUCCACGACUUGCCUCUACACCAGGAAAUAUACAUUUCCCCAUCUGUGACAAGUCGGCAGAGCGGUUCAAUCUAGGCGCUGGUCUUGAAGCUCUAAGGGGCUUUUCAAUCAAUGUCCGCGCUGCCACAGCUCGCCUCCUCGUCAACUGCCAAGUGGACUAUACAGUAUUCUUCCAGAAGGCUAAACUCGCAAAGGUCAUUACGGCAUACAGACAGGAUGGUUCACCGAGUAUAUCCCGGCUUGAGUCCUUUUUGAAGAGACUCCAGGUCCAAGUCACGCACACCAACCAGCAAGUCCGGUUUAAAGUCAUCGUAGGCCUCGCAGCCCCGUUGGAUGGGCAGGAUCUGCCUCAUCCGCCCAUUGUUGCAUGUCACGGUGCUGGGCCUAGGGAUGUAAAAUUCUGGCGUUGCGAUCCUGAUCCAGAAUUAAGCAAGAAGGAUGGAUCAGAAAGCAUGGAUAUCGACAGCCCACGCCCUGAAGAGAAGGGGAAAUACAUCACCGUCGCAGAGUUUUUCCUUGAAAAAUAUGGUAUACACCUUGAUCCUGAUAUGCCGGUGGUCAAAAUUCUGUCGCGCAACAAGCAACCUGCGUACCUCCCUGCGGACAUCUGUAUCGUUCGAGAUGCCCAGCCUGCGCGUUCUCGCAUUACAGAAGCCCAGAAGAUGAAGAUGAACACUUUCGCAAUCCGUAGGCCAGCGGCCAAUGCGCGGUCUAUUACUUCCAAAGGCGCUGAACUGCUUGGGAUCAGCCCAGGAAAUAAUGCAAAUACUACUUUGCGAAACUUCGGAUUCAACAUCAGUCCUGACCUCAUAACUGUACCCGGUCGAGUUUUGCCAUCUCCAUCCGUCCUCUACGCGAACAAAAGCAAGCCAGAUAUCCAGUCCGGAGGGUGGAAACAACGAAGCGCCAAAUUCUGCAAACCCUGUCGACUAUCAUCAUGGGACUUUCUCUAUAUUUCCAGCGCCAAAGACAGGGACUAUUUCCCCUCGCCAGCCGAUCUGAGACCCUGCAUUUCUGGACUCCGCUCCAAGUUGAGCGACUACGGUGUCGCCACGCAGCCCAUGACCAACGGACAUCGGGUUGAUAUAACACCAGCCCUCUCCCCCUCGAAUGGAAGGUACAGCGUUGGCAGACUCGACCAAAUCAUACACACUGCUAUCAAGCACCUGGCAAGGACACGCAAACCAGAACUGGUCCUUGUGAUUCUCCCCUCCACAAACACCGACAUCUACAACUGCGUAAAGCGCAUUUGCGAUGUCCAGAUGGGCAUCACCAACAUCUGCACGCUAGCACCAAAGUUCUCCAAGAAGGACGAGGCAUACCUGUCCAACCUGUGCCUGAAAUUCAACUUGAAAAUGGGCGGGGUGAACCAUGUCCUGGUCACGGACAAAUCAGGAUUGAUGUCCGAGGGGAAGACAAUAGUUGUCGGUGUUGACUCGACUCAUCCACUCACACGCGCCUCAGCAGCAGGACCAGACAUGCAGCCUGUUGUUGUAGGCAUGGUUGCAUCUGUGGAUAAGCACAUGGCACAAUGGCCCGGUGAAGUGCGCAUUGAGAAGUCCCAGCCCCGACGCACGACCGCUGUUCCUAUUGACGCCAUGCUGGAAUCUCGCCUACGGCUCUGGGCGUCGCUGAACAGGAACCAGCUCCCCGAGAAUAUAAUCGUCUACCGCGGCGGGAUAUCAGACGGUGAAUACGCGCGCGUCUUGGACGACGAAUUGCCACUCCUCAAGUCCGCCUGUGCAAAGGUCUACCCGGAAAGCGAGAAGAAGAAAGGACUCCCUCGAUUGUCCGUGAUAAUCGCCAGCAAGCGACACCGCACUCGCUUCUAUCCCAGCCAGGAGGCCGACGCCGACAGAUUAUCGAAUCCGCGAAACGGCACCGUCGUCGACCGAGGGGUCACCCAGGCCAGGGAGUGGGAGUUCUAUCUCCAGGCUCACACUCCGUUACAUGGAACAGCGCGUCCAGCACAUUACUAUGUUGUUUGGGACGAGGUAUUUCGCUUCGUCCAAAAGUCUAACCAGCCCUUCGCCGACGCGGCGGAUGUCCUCGAGGGCUUUACGCAUGAUCUGUGCUAUCUGUUCGGAAGGACGAAUAAGGCUGUCAGUCUCUGUGCUCCUGCGUACUACGCGGAUUUGCUUUGUGCGCGCGCACGCUGCUAUCUGACGGAUACUUCGAAUGAUCAUCAGGGGACUGGCAGUAGGCCGUCUGAAUACAUUGUUCAAAAGAGGAAGAUUGACAGUAGGGACAUAGGCCGCGCAAUGGAUUUUACGGAUAUCCGGGUUCAUUCAGAUCUACGGAAAACCAUGUUUUAUAUUUAA